AUCUGUCUGACUGAUGGAAGUCUUUCUGUGUUACAAAGCUCUCUCAAAAUUUUAAUUUAUUAUGUGGAAGUGGAGUUUACUGAAUAACUUACGCCAAAUUGUUGCAUUCAUGUUUAAAUAGAUGCAUAAUUAUAAUCUUGAUCGUCUGCUGUACCCUCAGUAGCUGGCUUAAACGAGCUUGAAGAGUGCAUACAGCAGCGGCAAAAUGCCCUCGACGCAUUUGAACCUGCGCGAAGACGACGUGGUGCGCCUGUCGCUCGAGUUUCUCCACAACCGCGACCUGCACAUAACGCAGCUGUCGCUCGAGCGUGAAACUGGUGUCAUCAAUGGUAAUUACGCUGACGACGUACUAUUCCUACGACAACUCAUACUAGACGGACAAUGGGACGAUGUCCUAGAGUUUAUUCAACCUCUCAGCGCCCUCAAGGCUUUCGAAGCUGACAAAUUCAAUUACGCCAUUCUAAGACACAAAUACAUAGAACUUCUAUGUAUACGAUCAGAAAUAAAAGCUUACAAUAAUGUGGAGAAUAUAGUCGACGAAGUUGUUAAAGUACUUAGCGAUCUUGAAAAAUUAGCGCCUUCUAAAGAAGAAUACUCAAAUCUAUGCUUACUUUUAACUUUACCAAGUAUUACAGACCAUGCACAAUUUAAAAAGUGGAAUCCUAGUAACGCUCGCGUUCAGUGCUUUCGCGAAGUGUAUCCUUUAGUAGAACAAUUUUUACCCUGUGACAAGAAAUCAAGUGGCACUGUCUCUAAGUGUGCUAAAAAUGAUCGACUUAUGCAAUUGUUGAUAAAAGGAAUCCUGUACGAGUCUUGUGUAAAUUACUGCCAAGCUAAAGCUACAGGGUCGGAGACGCAAUCAAAUGAAGUUAAUUUCUCCAGACUCUUAGAUGGGUCUGGCUUUGAUGAGUCCGAUUUGAGUUUACUGUCUUGGCUGCAGUCCAUUCCAGCAGAAACUUUUAGUGUCCCUUUCGAGCAGAGAAUGUUGAAUGUUGAUGUCGAAAAAUUGGAGCGUCCCUCACUGCAUACAUCAUGGACGGAACACAUGCUCGUAACUCCCAUCAAGCCUCGCACAUUCCCGCAUUUAGCGAUGCCUUUCCGAAGGCCACGCUCGGCCGCCGACGCCAUGACUAGAUCGCUGCGGCCGCUGCCCGACGGGGCUCCGAGGCAUCCAGCGGUAAUGGCGCUGUCAGCGAUCGAUUACGGUCCAUCAACUUCAUGUUUUGCCGGAUUUCAUCUCACUGGCAUUAAGGGAAGUAAAAUAAUGAACACCUCUGUUGAUAGAUUAUUCGACAACAAAAACAGUGAAAGCAUUUUUAACGGUUUGAGCGAUUCUCUGAAGCCGAUCAAUGAAAAACUGAAGCCAAUCGGCGAGUUCACCGCGUCGAACAAAACUAACGAAGCAAGUAGCAUCGGCGCCUCGAAUGCUACCACACCGGAACACCGGGGGCAGGACUAUUCGGCGUCCACGUCGAUUUCAACUACUGCAGCGUCAAAUUCCUCACUCGCCGAGCGACCGCCGCAGCAAGCUGAAGCGGCGGCUCUGCCCGGCCCUGACGGGGAUUUCAGACGAGAGCUUCUGAAGGAAUAUCAGAUGCAGAAACAACGAGAAUGUGACGAUUACCUACGCAACCUACAUUCCGCUGAUUUACGGCAGCAAAAAACCAUGGACCCAGUUGGGGAUGCUGGAUCACCGUUUCCACCGCCCGUUAAAUAUGGCCAGCAGCCGCCUGUUGACAAAAUGAGACAAGAACAACAACAACAGUACGCGAGGAGAAACGAUAUGAACGAGAUUUCGGAAAUCGGCGAGCCGUCCAAUGCCCAAACCAGAAAUGGUAGCCACCAGAGCGCUCCGCUGUCAGCGCCCAGUGGCAUCGCGGGUGCCGAGGUAAACGGCUCCCGACCCACCUUCAAACCCGUCACUGUGCUAGAGGACCUUCAGGCAGUUCGGUGCGCCGAAUUCCACCCCAACGGAAAACUAUACGCAGUCGGAUCGAACACGAAAACCCUUAGGAUAUGCACAUACCCGAAGAUUGAGGAAAUCAAGGACUACAACAACCCCACGGCCCCGACAGUUCUUUUGAAGCGGACGAAACACCACAAAGGAAGUAUCUACUGUCUUGCGUGGAGCCCGGCGGGGGACCUGCUCGCCACCGGCUCCAACGACAAGACCGUGAAACUGAUGCGAUUCAACAGCCACACUUGCAACCUUGAGGGGCAGGAGGUCGAGCUGACGAUGCACGACGGCACGGUCCGCGAUGUGUGCUUCAUCGAGGAUACGUCGAACAAAACGAGCCUGCUGGUCAGCGGCGGCGCCGGCGAUUGCAAGAUAUACGUCACGGACUGCGCCACCGGCAACACCUUCCAAGCUCUGAGUGGUCACUCCGGUCAUGUCCUGUCGCUGUAUAACUGGGGCGGAGCCAUGUUUGUGUCCGGCAGCCAGGACAAGUCCGUCCGCUUCUGGGACCUCCGGACAGGCAGCUGCGCGAAUAUCAUCUCCCCGCCCGCCGGACUUUCAAAUAAGAGCUCAGCGGUGGCCUCGCUAGCGGUGGACCCGAGCGGGCGGCUGCUGGUGUGCGGGCACGACGACGGCUCGUGCGCGCUGUACGACGUGCGCGGAUCGCGCGCGCUGCAGCGGUUCACGCCGCACGCGGGUGACGUCAGAAGCGUGCGCUUCUCCCCCGGUGCUUACUAUCUGCUCACGGCUGGCUACGAUGGGCGGGUGGUGCUAACUGACUUGCAAGGCGACUUAACCUGCGCCCUGCCAAGCGUGCCCGUGGCGCGGCAUCCGGACAAGGUGAUAUCGGCAAGAUGGCAUCCAGACGAUUUCUCUUUCCUUUCCACCUCGGCGGACAAGACAGCCGUCCUCUGGACCAUACCGCCAGUUUAGUAUGCGUACGCAAUACGUACGGCACCCGAAACAUACAAUACGCGACUUUGUACCGACCCAACGACAUUACGUUAAAAUAACAGUCUAAAAUUAUUAAAAAAACAUUCGUUAAGUAGCGGCUUUUCAACGUCACCGCGUACGCAAAUGUUCGUAAUUUAUUUAUAUUGUUGCUAUAUUGAUUUUGUAUUAUGAACUAGUGUCGUUAAAGCCUCAUCUCAUUUGUGUUUAGCUUAUAAGGUAAAUGUUUUACGUAAUAUCUAAAAAGAGGUUAAUAUAACUGAUAAAAACAUAGAUUCUUGCUAACACAAUAAUACAUCAUCUUUUAUUAGACUAUUGUCGUCACACGUAUAAGUCGUGCUAAGUGGUAUCCGAAUUGAGGAUAAUUUGGUAUUUGUUUUUUUACGAGGUAAAAAAAACAUCACAUUAGAUACAACGAAUCAAAUUGUUUAUCUGGACUAACCGUAACACUCAAACAUCGGUGGAAAUAAUUAAAAAUUACAGUGAGCUCUAAAAAAUCUUAUAGUGAUUGUGUUUACUUUAAGUAUAUCUCGAAUAAUAUGUCAAAAUUAGUAUCAAAAACAAUGAAUCGUUUAAGUUAAAAGAGUGCGAGGUUUUCUUUUCAAGAUAAAAAUCAAACUAAUAAACUUAGAAGAAUCUGUAUAUUCGAAGCUAAUACAAUCGUUUGGCGGGCAGCAAUUACGUAGGUACCUAUAGAACGCGAAACCGCCUCUAAGUUAUUACGUAUUGCAAUAUAAUUUAACGGGCUUUAAAAUGUGAUUACUGCGGGGCGUUUUGAACCUCGCUCAAAUCGCAACUGCAAUCCCGUAUGAGAGCUUUAAAAUGAUGGCCCGAUGGUAUGAUGGUAUUCUAUUUAUUAAUCAUUCACUUCACAAAGUGCGAACAAAGGACUGAAAUAAACAUAUACUUAAAAACAUUUGUGUAGAAUAGAUAAUGGCCGAACAAAAAAUAUAAGGGAUAUUCUGCAUAAUGUGACUGCUCCUCAGACGGAAAAAAUCUUUUCAGCGAUAAAUAAUCGUUAAUUUAAUUCAAUAUUGAUCCCGUAGAAAGUGUAGCGUUUUAGCAGUAGAAUCAACUUUAUUGUAUGUGCACAUUAUGCAGCAUCGCCCUGUAUAGUCGAUGUCGACUAGGCUGAACUCAUCGUUAACGACAGCCGAUUACAAAUAUGUACUUAUUUAAACCAAUACAUUUUAUGUAAAUAUUUAAAAACGCAAAUAGCUGACGAGUGAUUAAAAUGUCACAAUUAGUGAAUAUUACAUAAUACAUACAUACUCUUUAGAACCUAUUUAUUACGUUUAUGAUAGUAUCUUGUGAAACGAGUAAGUCUUUGAUGCUCCUGCAAAUAAUGAAAAUAAAGUAAAAAUACACCCAGUGGUUCAGUACUACUAACUGCUACAAAAACUUAUCUGAUUACAAAAAUAUGAUUCAUUUCUAAACUGGUACAAAUUAAAAUUAAAAUGAUAAGAGGAUUGGAAAUAUGAUUGUGAUUUUAAAAUUAAAAAGGAUUGUAGAAGGGUUUAAGUUCUGUUACUUUUAUAACAAAAGUGAUUCAUAAGUUGCUCAUCAAAUUAAUAUUGUAAACAAGACCAUUAAUUUAACAAUGUCAGGUUUAAGCAAAAGACAAGUUAAACAUAUUAAUAAACAACUAUACUCUUACUAAACGUCUUUAGAAGUGUAAAACAUUUAAUAGUGUUUUGUUAACUACACUAAUUUCCAAUCUUAAAGAUUAUAAUGUUACUUAAUAAUUCUAAUUAUCAAUCUUUAUAUAACAAUUUAAAGUUGAUGGACUGUGCACAAAUUAAAAUACAUAUUAUAUAA